UUGCUUAAUCGCAUCUGAAAGGUGGAUUGGUUACGAAGAGCCGUCUUUCCAAUGACAUACCCGCUAUGACUUUAUUGUGCGUCUUAUGGACGGGCUUCGCUCUUACUGGAGGAUUUGUUGUGUCGCUUGACAUCGUCUACCCGAGGCUAUUAGAAAGCAGGGAUGAAGAUGGUGUGAGAGCACUGAAGGUGAACGAUGAUUUAGUUUUGACCCUGGCACCCAGUACCGUUUUCUCGGACGUCUUCGUGGUACGCACCUUCCGAGAUGGUCAACCGCACGAAAGCUACCACGCUGCAGAAGGUUUCCAGAAGGACCUGUACCAUGACGUAGCCAAGCGGGCGUCGGUGAUGGUCACGGAAAGAGAUGACCUUCGAGUCGAAGGGAUUCUGGGACCUGGUCUCCGUAUCAGGCCAUUGCCGUGGUUAGAACGGUCCUUGGACGGGCAGUCGGCUCACGAAAUAUACAAGGUGAAGGAAAAAGGCCACUACGCGGACGUUUCGUCCUCAUCUGAUAUCGUGACCAGUAGGCAAGAUAUCCCCAAAAAGACGGUGUACCCCGAGAUACAUUUCAUAGUGCAGUAUGAUCACGCCCUUGCUUUCGGCUUCAAUGAAACUGCAAUCAUCCGGUACUUGGCAGUGAUGCUCAACGUGGUGAAUAUGAGGUUCCGCGACUUCACAGAUCCCAAGGUUCAGAUCCGUGUUGCUGGAAUCACGAUUAAUAAGGACCCAACCGAUGAACCGUACGUAUUGAGAAUGUACGAACUCAAGGGGUUCAUGGAUACGUACUGGUCGAUUCAGGACAUGAGAAGUUCGCCACUCCUGCAUCCGUUAUUACAACAUGCCGACAUGAUCAUGCUGAUCGCAGGCCUAAAUCUGGCGCAAGGUUAUGGAAUUGGUACAAUUGUUGAAACUGUCGCCUUCACCUAUUUAGGAGGUGCCUGCACAAACUUUAGAUUCGCGAUAGUAGAAGACACGCCUCUGACUUACGACGGGGUUCACCUCAUCGUUCACCAGAUAGCGCAUCAGUUAGGCUGCCAGGACGACGGUCUAUGGCCAGAUCCCAGCAUACCCAACCAUCCUGGUACGCUCAACUGCUCCUAUACUGACGGCUACGUGAUGAGUUUCGUUACGAACGACUCCAACCACUUCAAGUUUUCAAACUGCUGCAAGACGCAAAUGCGACACUUUUUCACGUUACCAGAUCGCUCGUGCCUCCUUCAUAGGAAUUCAAACUACACCAUCACGAGAUCCAAGUCCCUCCCAGGAGACUUUGUGAAUGCUUCAGACUUCUGCAAACGCGUCCACGCCUUUCGGUAUCCGCUGGCAUACCUUGACGGGAAUUACAACAGGUCGAGCUGCAAGUUGCAGUGCAUAGCACCCAGAGCCGGCUUCCCCCCAAGGACGUAUACGCACUAUGCUGUAGAGGGCGCUAGAUGCGACAACUCAGACCCCAAAAAGGUGUGCCUCAGCGGCAGUUGCGUGGACAGGUCCGUUUGGGAUAAGUACGUCGAAUCAUCAUCACGAAGCAAGAAGAAGCCAAGAGAAUAAGUAGGACUGGUCGGCUGUCUUUUAACAAAAAUAAACUGCACGUCAAGUA